GCAGUAGAAAAAGAGAGAAAGGAAAAAGAAAGGGAAUCACUCAGAAGCUCGCUCUACGAUCAACAGCUGGCCCUUGAUGACACAGAUUCCACCAAGAGCCGCAGGCUGGUGGAUGAUUAUGACUCCACGAAAAGUGGCCUGGACUAUAAAUAUCAAGAUGACCCAGAUGGACUUCACCAGCUUGAUGGGACACCUCUAACAGCUGAGGACAUCGUCCAGAAGAUUGCCACGAGAAUAUAUGAAGAAAAUGACAGAGGAGUCUUUGACAAAAUCGUUUCCAAGCUUCUGAAUCUGGGCCUCAUUACGGAAAGCCAGGCCUACACCCUGGAGGACGAGGUAGCUGAAGUCUUGCAACAGCUAAUUGCCAACGAAGCAAAAGAUCGGGAAAAGGCAUCCGAAGAGCUCAGCUACAUCCCAAGCAGAACAGACAGCGAUGCCAAAGAGAAACUGGAGGGGGAAAUGGUAACGCUUCUCAGUUCUGGCCCGCUUGCUGAUGUUUGCUUGGCGGUGUAUGACUUCGGGGAUGAACUAAUUAAAGUGGUUUCAUGA